AAUGAGGAUGUCUUCAUCUUCAUGAGGCAAAUGUGAACAGCGUAAGUAUAUGCAGCACCGACACUUCAUUCUGAUGUCAAGACAAAUCCUAAUCAAAUUUAUUAGAAUUCUAAGUGAAAGUCAGUAACAUCAUUCAACCUAAAACUCGUCGGUCCCUGCGCAGCCUUGAGAAUCUGAAAAUAUCGGGUAUUCUUUAAUCCGCCAUCGAGGCCAUCAGUCUAACCAAAUACAACCGUCCCCUAAUCUCGCAACGCGAAGAACACUAAUACAAUGACAAGUCCUUCUUGUGCAACCAUGAAGUCAGGAGAAUUUAAUUCCGGACCUCUUAUGCAGUUUCCCACUCUCCUUCUCUAUAAGCUUAGCAAAACACCAUGUCUUGGCCGCCUAGGAAAACAACCAGGACGUAUCGUCCUAGUCUCAUCCAAACUCUGCAUCAAAGCGACCGCCUUCACAAUACUAGCAGAAGCAAGUUCCAUGAUAUUCGUUGCACAAAAUACAUCCAUACCGGUCCCAAAGGUGUACUGCAGCUUUAAGCAAAAUGGUCGGGUGUAUAUACUCAUGGAAAGAAUCCGAGGUCAAGACCUAUCUCAAGGUUGCACAACGAUCAGAAGAAUCUAAGGCGUGUAUUCUCACGCAAUUGAAGACCAUGAUAGCAAAAUUACGCGGUAUUGCUGCACCAGAUGGUAUUGGUGUCGCCAAUGUUGCUGAGGGUCCUGUCUUUGAUCAACGUCUUCCUGACAAGUCCUUCUGGGGUCCUUGCCUGACCUUCAAACCAAUGCUGCAUGGCC